CAAAUUUUUUUUGAAAGAUCAAGUGCGAACAGUACGUGUAUAGAUACGUAUUUGCACAGCUACAUAGUGACCUACACACAUUAAACAGGCUUAGCAUGCGUGUGUAAAGUAUCGUUUGUAUAGAAUGAGUAUCAGUGUCAAGUCAACACGAUGACGCCAUGUGAAAAGCUGGAAAAUUGUGAGGUAUGUGCGAAAGAAAGUGCCAAAUACACAUGUCCCAAGUGUGAGGUUAGAACUUGCUGUCUCGAAUGUGUAAAUAUUCACAAGAAAGAGCUCAACUGCAGUGGCAUACGUGAUAACACAAAAUUUGUGCCUUUAAAAGAAUUCACUGAUCUUGAUCUCCUGAGUGAUUACCGAUUGCUCGAAGAAGUGGGAAGAUCUGUUGAUCAGUUGCAGAGAGAUGAAUCGAAAAAAUAUGGCCGAUUUCACAAUUUACCAACCCAUCUGCAUAAAUUGAGACAAGCAGCAAUGAGGAGUACAGUGCAGCUAGAGUUCAUGCCACAAAAUUUCUCCAGGCACAAACAAAACACAACAUUUUUCAAUUGGAAAACUAAUGAGUUAUUUUGGAGGUUAGAAUGGAUUUUUCCUCAGGCUGAAAACAUCAAAUGGGUAACAGAAAGAGCUCUCGAGUCUGUGCGACUAUCAGAGUUGCUGGAAAAUAUUCUAGAUCCAUUGAAUUGUAAAAAUCCCCCAACUGACGACCCGAAGGCGAAAGAACUUCUCGCUGAUAAGCUGCAGUUCUAUUCUUCGUCUAGUCUGAGUGGAAUUAAAGUAUUUCUGAAAGCUGAGAAAGUGAAGAAAUCUGACUCCAGAUUUUAUGAGCUCGAUGUUACAGAGAGCCUAAAGGAAAACCUGGCUAAUAGAACGAUAAUUGAAUUUCCAAUUAUUUACGUUGCUCUAAAGGAUCACGCACACAUGUUUGAAACUAUUGACUCAGACGAUGAAAAAAAACAAGAGGCGGAGGUCGAAUUGCAUCCAAAUACAACAACUAAUUGGAAGAAUCCAAGGAGAAAUCAUUUAAAAAGUCAAAACCCCCGGCAUAAACAGAAGAUUAAAGAGCAAGAGAAUUCUGUUAACUUCUUUUUCAACAACGAUAGUUCAUCCGAUUCUGAGAAGGAUUCUAUGGACUAAAGUUAAAGAAAAAUUCUCCUAAACAUAAGAAGAAAAAAUGUUGCUAAUAAUAUAAUUGUAAGCAAUAACCAAUCGUGAUACACAAUAAUUAUAUACCCUUUAUUAUUAAUCAUUAAAA